UGUCAGAGGCUUUAAUUUUACUCAUGUUUCGCAGAAAUGUCAGUAGUUUCUUAAAAUAUGAUACAGAUACUGCAUUUCAGUACUCUGAGAUUAUGCUUCCUCUGAGGAUGUAUGGAGAAAUUUCAGGGCUCCUGAGAACUUCUACUGAGCAGGGAAAAUAGCUCUUUAAGAGUCCUAAUACACUCCAAAAUCCACAUGAACUCCUAUGGGAACAGCUGUAGCAUCUUUUUAACUCCAUUCAUCCACAUUAUGGCUAUGUAUCCAGGGAGUUUGUUUUGCUACCUGAUUAUUGUGGAAAAUGGUUGCUAUUUUAAUUUUAUUUUGCUCAGUCACUAAAGGUUAAAAUGCUGGGAACUUUAAAGGGGGAACUGGAAGAUGUUAAAAUCAAUCUGGAUCUCUCUUCUCCUCUUGCUCUUUAAAUGAAGAUAAAUAAGAGGGGAAGCUUUAGUAAAUCAUGGAAAUUUACUGUAGUGGGAAGCAUAUUGCUAAUAUAAAGCCCUGUUUGUCUGCAAGGGUUGUUCAGGCUUACAAGACAAGUGCUCAGAUGUUGUUUAUCAGUGUUGUCCUAACCCAGAGGCAAGAGUUAAGUAACGUGCUGAAUGUGGGCAGUGAGGGUUGUUUCUAAUAUUCCGAUAUGUUAAAAGGACUGCUUAGCUUCUGAAAGAAAGCAAGUGUUCCUUUGUAUUUUAAAUGACUAUUCACGUUUACCCUAAAUAUUUUGUUUGUAAAUUUGAGAGAUACUGCAUUCUGUAAAAGAGAAGGAACAGACUGUGAGUCAUGUUUAAAUUUGUAAUUUUGAGGAAUAGCUUAGGAUGACACAUCUGGGUACCCCUGUUCUUCAUCCUCUUAAACAUCCUCUUAUCAUUACGCUCUCAACAUAAUCUUAUAAAGCAAAGCUGGUAUUUCCAUGAUUCAGCAAUCUUGAAAUAAGGAAUCCUGACAUUCUGUUGUGCUGAUUUUUAUAUUGCCUUUUAACAUAUUACCAUAACAAAUAGAUGCACAAUGUUUCUAAAAGUCACACCAUGCAGACAGCAGGCCUUGUAAUAAAUUAUUUAUCAGGACUAAAAAUAAGCAGAUGCAUUAAAAAAUUACCAAAUACACGAGAAAACAAUAAAUCUGAGCCUGUCUGCCUUGUGUUUGCCUGCUGUUUCCAUUUUGAUUGCGAUUGGCUGGCAAGGGCUGCUGCUGGCAUUGCACAAUUGGCUUAGAUGGGGAAUUACAAAACAGGAGCAUUUCCCUUGAUCAGGACUCGGUAGCACAUGCAGCUGAGCACAGGCAAAAAGGAAAGGUCACCCGUACAGAAUCUCUCCCACAGAUGUUUCCAUUCCAGGGAAGCGCAUCUGAUCUCGUGGUUCUCGUCUAUGACUCGGGGUUUUUAAACGCCGUAAGGUUUUCUUGUUUCAGCGAAUGUAAAAAUGCACCUAGGAAGAAGUUUGCAACCUGGAAGCAUAUGAGAAUUUCAGAUGCAUGGAGCAAUAUCAUGGAAUGAUAGAAGGAUCUGUGUUUAGAAGGAGUUUUAAAUAUCGGUGAGGAGGAAGACAAUUCAAACAGAAGGUUAAAAGCAGAUGGAAAAGAAAAACAGCUUUAUUUUCAUCCUGAAAUUAUACUGAAAACAGCAUGAGGAAGGGGUUAUAUCAGCACCAAAACAGUGGAGAAUCGAAGGGGUUUAUUUUCCUGUGAAAUAAUCCCUUACAAGAAAUGCAAAAACUGUCUUUCAUGAGAAAGAAUUCAUUAUUCAAAUACCUUUUGAAACUCUGUGAAGCUCAUAUGGAACUGCAGCAUCUUUGCAAUGGUGUAUAGCAUACCUUUAUUUAAUGAAGAUUCUGCACAAAAAGGUCAAGUUUACGAGAUGCUGGAAUUGGAUUUAUUCUUGUCAUAGAUCGCAGACAGGACAAAUGGACCUCCGUGAAAGCUUCCAUACUGCGGAUAGCAGCAUCUUUCCCAGGAAACCUGCAACUGGUCCUUGUUCUGCGCCCAACAGGAUUUUUUCAUCGAGCUCUCUCGGAUAUUGCUUUCAAAUUCGGCAAAGAUGAGUUUAAAAUGAAAGUACCUAUCAUAAUGCUGGGCUCAGUAUCAGAACUGCAGGGUUACAUUGAUAAAACACAAUUAACAGAAGAUCUUGGUGGCACCCUGGAUUACUGCCAUAACAGAUGGCUGUCCCGUCGCACUGCUAUAGAAGGUUUUGCCCAAAAGGUUAAGCAAACAGCUCAGAUUCUUCAGUCCUUUGGGACUGAGCUGGCUGAAACAGAACUACCAAAUGAUGUGCAGUCCACCAGCUCCCUUCUUGCAACACACACAGAAAAAAAGGACAAAAUGAAGGAGGACAUCAGGGUAGCAGUAGAACAGGGAGGUGAUAUCCUUGGAAGUAUAACAAAACCAGUCACUGAGAAUCCUGAAUACAAACUGAAUCAAGAUCAGCUAGACAAUCAAACAACGGUUGAAAGACUAUUGGCUCAAUUACAUGAAACGGAAACUGCCUUUGAUGAGUUUUGGAUUAAGCAUCAGCAAAAACUUGAGCAGUGCCUGCGCCUUCGGAAUUUUGAACAGAAUUUCAGAGAGGUCAAAGCAGCUUUGGAUAUUGUGUCUGAGAGACUGUCUGCUUUCACAGAUGUGGGAAACAGCAGUUCACAUGUGGAGCAUAUUUUGAAAGAUCUUGCCAACUUCGAAGAAAAAUCAUGUGAAACUAUAGCAAAAGCCAGAAUGCUAGCCUCAGAGGGUGAUGCUUUUAUUCAAAGCAAUCAUUAUGCUGUGGACUCCAUUAUUCCAAAAUGCACUGAACUUCAUCAUCUCUGUGAUGCCUUCACUACUGAGACAGAACGGAGGAGAAAUCAUCUUAGCAAAUCUCUGGAACUGCAUGACUUACUAGAGAAGUCUAUGAAGUGGUGUGAUGAAGGAAUUUAUCUGCUGGCUUCACAACCAGUAGACAAGUGUCAGUCUCAGGAUGGUGCAGAAUCAGCAUUACAGGAGAUCGAGAAAUUCCUGGAUACUGGUGCUGGCAAUAAAAUCAAGGAGUUGAAUAAAAUUUACAGAGAGUAUGCACACAUCCUCAAUGAGGACCUAAAGGAGCACGUGCAAAAGGUUUUCCAGAAGCAAGAAAGUAUGGAAGAAAUGUUUCAAAAGAGACAAAUAAGUCUUAAGAAACUGGCAGCUAAGCAGACACGUCCUGUUCAGCCUGUUGCACCAAGACCUGAAGCAUUUGUAAAAUCUCCUUGUACCUCUCCAGGUCUUCAAAGAGAAUGUGUACCCAACUCAGAAAGCAGUGCUCUUCGGAGGGUAAACUACAGAAGAGGAAAGAGCGAAAUGACUGAACUGCAUCAAAGCAGAGGAGGAUCUACAAUGGAUGAUGAAGAAAACCUAGCUGUGUUACGACAGCAUGUAAUUAAUGAACUUAUUGAGACUGAACGAGCAUAUGUGGAAGAACUCCUCUGUGUUCUUGAGGGUUAUGCUGCAGAGAUGGACAACCCCUUAAUGGCUCAUCUCAUCUCACCAGAACUGCAAAAUAAGAAGGAUAUCUUGUUUGGGAAUAUGGAAGAAAUUUAUCACUUUCACAAUAGAAUAUUCUUGAGAGAAUUAGAAAACUAUGUAGAAUACCCAGAACUAGUAGGACGGUGCUUCCUGGAUCAGAUGGAAGAUUUCCAGAUUUAUGAGAAAUACUGUCAAAAUAAACCUCGAUCUGAAAGUUUGUGGAGGCAGUUUUCAGAUUCUGUAUUCUUUCAGGAAUGUCAAAGGAAACUGGAUCACAAACUCAGUUUGGACUCAUACUUACUGAAACCUGUUCAAAGAAUAACCAAAUACCAACUCUUGCUAAAGGAAAUGCUGAAGUACAGUAAGAACUGUGAAGGUGCUGAAGAUCUUCAGGAAGCACUGACUUCUAUCCUGGGCAUUCUAAAGGCAGUUAAUGAUUCAAUGCACCAGAUAGCCAUUACAGGCUACGAUGGAAACCUGAAUGAACUGGGCAAACUUUUAAUGCAGGGGUCCUUCAAUGUCUGGACUGAUCAUAAAAAGGGUCAUGCGAAGGUGAAAGAUUUGGCACGUUUCAAGCCAAUGCAGCGACACCUCUUCCUCCACGAGAAAGCAGUGCUGUUCUGUAAAAAGCGAGAAGAAAAUGGAGAGGGAUAUGAGAAAGCACCUUCUUACAGCUACAAACACUCCUUAAAUAUGGCUGCAGUUGGAAUAACAGAAAAUGUCAAAGGUGAUGCAAAAAAAUUUGAAAUCUGGUAUAAUGCAAGGGAAGAAGUUUACAUUAUACAGGCACCAACUCCUGAAGUUAAAGCUACUUGGGUCAAUGAAAUAAGAAAAGUGCUGACGAGUCAACUGCAGGCAUGCAGAGAAGCUAGUCAGCACAGGACACUAGAGCACACACAGAGCUUACCUCUACCAGCAUCAUCUUGUGCAAGUCCUUCACGAAACCACACCAGAAAUACCAAAAAAAUGGAGGAGAAAAAAGCUGAUCUCACAAGUCUGGAAGGUUAUGCCACUACAGUAGCACCAAAGUACCCUGAGAAAGGCAAAGAAACUCCAUCUCCUUCUGCUAAAAGCCAGACAUUGCCAAUGAUCCUUCUUACAGGACCAGCUUCUCCUACCAGUCCUGACAAAAAAGCUAAACGGCAUGAAGUAGUGAGUGACCCAACUCCUUUUGGUUUAAGAGGUUGGGCCAAACCAUCCCAUUCUCUUGAUGCAUCUGAAGAAAAUGACGGCUGGUCCAGUGCUGAAGAACCGCUGAAUUCAUCAGAUGCGGAGGAAGAAGGAGGAGGAGGGGGAGGCGAGAUGAAGCUGACUCCUGGUAAAUAUACAGUUGUGACUGAUUAUGAGAAAGGAGUUUCUGAAGAAUUUACAGUGAAAAGUGGAGAUCUAGUUCAACUGAUUCGUGAAGGGGAGGAUGGACUUUGGUAUGUAAAGAACCUGAGCACUGGUAGAGAAGGUUGGAUCCCAGCAAACAAUGUGCUGAUGCUCAUAGGCAAUUCAAAAUCAGCUCAGUCUUUGAGCAGCUCUGAAUCAGGCACUGCCUCCAGCACUUUGAGCACAUCAUCAAGUUGCAGUGAUAGCUGCAACGUCAGCAGUACCAGCUUUUCCGACAUUAAGAGCUAAUAGGAAGUUUUCAUUCCACUUUCAUGGAAGGUAAAUUCGGAGACUGUCAUUUGCUGCAGCAUUAUGGACAUUGGACUCCAUCGGAGAACCACCAAUUCUGUGUUGCCAGCUCCGAGUAUUUUUAGUGGUGACUUUUACAGGUUCUCACAGAAGAUCCCAAUGAAAAGUGCAUGGAAUGUGAAGUUGUAAAUAAAAGUUAAAUGAUUUGAAAUAGGGUUUUGUAGAGGCUUAUGCUCUGAAGUCUGAAGCUGCCAAGCUGUUAGCAUAAAACGCAUUUUCUCCUUGAUACACAAUCAGGUUUCUGCAGAACCGAAAUUUGAUUUCGUAACAGCCAGAAUCUGAAUGUGGGCAAACAAAAUGUGUUCAGUGCUAAAUGCUCACUGUAAACUAAUAACACAGCAACCACUCUACAGGAUAAGUAUGAGGAAAAUCCAAGUUUACAGUUUCUUGUCCCCAAAAACCCUUUUCUGCAGGGACAUACCUCGGUCAAUGCGGUGAAUGGGACUCUUACAGCAAUGACGGAGGAGGUUUGGUUCACUCUUUUAUCUUGGGUCUUCAGGGUAUUCAUCUGCUCCCUAGAGACUGGGAUGCAUAUAUGACCAAUUCACUGACCACAACAACAUCAAGAGAAACUAUUAUUUUAUCCUUUCCAACCUUUUAAUGAUUUGUGCAAUGGAAUAGCGCUUUUCUGAGGUAUUUUGGUCUCACAGCCAAAUUCUUUACCAAGAUCACUGUGUUUACAUAGCCUUGGCAAUUUAAUAGUAUCUUUUUCCUUACAUUGAUGCACAAUGAUACGCAAAUGUUCUUAUUCACUAAAUGAUUUUUUUAAUAAAUGGUAAUUGCAUGGUUAUUUUCAGCUUUCACAAUUAACGUGCAGUUACAGGCAGGGGAAACUACUGUGGCUGCACUGUGGGUCAAGAGCCUUCCUUCAGUUAAAUCUAUGAAGGCUAAAAAUCCAGUGUAUUUUCAGUCUACAUAGUGUUUGUUCCAGAUUCAGUGAAAGAGCAAAAAAACCCAGUGACAUAUUUUUUCUAUAAAAGGGGAGCACAGGAGGAAAAAAGAUCUUAGAGAAUAGUCAGAUUUGUGCUACAGAUAAAUAUUUUAAUUUUUCUUUAAAGGAAAGGUGAUGCUAAACUUGCCAUUUUUCAAGAUAUGAUGUGUAAGCCUAUAUUGUAAGUUUUCAUGUUGUCAGGCAUUCUUUGCACAUCAUCACAUAAAAACAGUACAAAACUGUGUGCAUGUAUAGAAUACUGUAUUCAUUCCUGUCCAGCUCUCAAAUAUUUUUACUUAUGUGAAAACAAGUUUUUAACUGAUUUAUGUAUCAUAUUCUUUAAAAAUAAAGUGGGCACUAAGAGCAUAAUUUUUCAGAAGCACUAAGGACAGCAGAUUAUGUCAAUGAGAACUGCUGGUAAUCAUCAGACCCUCUGAUGGCUGAGCCCUGAAGUCUAUCUUUAUGCCAAAAUUUUAUGUUUUAGAGGCUGCAGCUUAGGAAAGGUAAAUGACAAACACUCCUAAGAAUGAUCUUACACCUGGGUUGUGAAAGCACCCCUACCCCAGACGCAAUCAAAAUGCAGCUGACCAUGGUCAGUACAAAUUGAGACAUAUAUAUAUACACACACAUGUAUUUAUGCACAUGUAUAUGUGCAUGUAUGUGCUUGUGUGUGUAUAUAUGUGUGUGUGUAGAUAUGUAUAUGUGUGUACAUAUAAUGUAUCAAUGUAAAGAUGUAUUUAUAGUCUUCAUGCUGCUGAAUGUGUCACUUUACAAUUCAUAAAUACUUAGGUUUCUUGCAAUACUGCAAUAUAAAGGCUGAACAGAGUUUUACUUCAGCCAAGUUUUUCAAUGCAGAAAUCCUCUGAUCUUUUUUUUAAUGAUCCCAUAUAAUACUGUGCUGACCAGGAAUAUUUAGUCUGAUAUUUAACAAUGGAAUGGCAACAUGAGAUUCAGCUUCAUCUAUGUAAAUUAUUUUGUAAAUUAUCUGUAACAUAAUUUGCUUAUAUAUUGCUGUCAUUGCUAGGAUGAGACUGUCGUUUUAUUUCUCACUGCAGCCUCAUUUGUGUUGUUUCAAUGGUUUUCUCCACAUCAUUGCACUUUAAUACAACCCAUUUCACCAUUUCCUUUUUUACUGCUGUUGUGAAUUAGAAGUUCAAAGACAGAGGUCUCUACUGUAAUUAAUUUGAAUAAAUUUCAGCACUUCUUGCUGAAUGCCUUUA